AUGGGUGACUGGAGCUUCUUAGGAAACAUCCUUGAGGAAGUCAACGAGCACUCAACGGUGAUCGGCAGGGUGUGGCUGACGGUCCUCUUCAUCUUCCGCAUCCUGAUCCUGGGCACAGCGGCCGAGUUUGUGUGGGGCGACGAGCAGUCGGAUUACGUGUGCAACACGCAGCAGCCGGGUUGCGAGAACGUCUGCUAUGACGAGGCCUUCCCCAUCUCCCACAUCCGUCUGUGGGUUCUCCAGAUCAUCUUUGUCUCCACACCCUCGCUGGUGUAUGUGGGCCAUGCCGUGCACCAUGUGCACAUGGAGGAGAAACGCAAGGAACGUGAGGAGGCUGAGCUGAGCCGGCAGCAGGAGGCCGGCGAGGAGCGCCCCCCGCUCGCCCCAGACCAGGGCAGUGUCCGCACGGCCAAGGAGACCAGCACCAAGGGCAGCAAGAAGUUCCGUCUGGAGGGGACGCUGCUCCGGACCUACAUCUGCCACAUCAUCUUCAAGACACUCUUCGAGGUGGGCUUCGUUGUGGGCCAGUACUUCCUCUAUGGCUUCCGCAUCCUGCCUCUCUACAAGUGCAGCCGCUGGCCCUGCCCCAACACAGUCGACUGCUUUGUUUCCAGGCCCACUGAGAAGACUGUCUUCAUCAUCUUCAUGCUGGCCGUGGCCUGCGUCUCACUCUUCCUCAACUUUGUGGAAAUCAGCCACCUGGGCCUCAAAAAGAUCCACUUCGUCUUCCGCAAACCGGCCCGGCCGCAGAUUGAGGGGCCUGGGUCGUCUGAGAAGCCCUCAAUGGCCGUGUCGUCCAUCCAGAAAGCCAAGGGCUACAAGCUGUUGGAGGAGGACAAAACCACCUCACACUUCUACCCCCUGACCGAGGUGGUGGGCAUGGAGGCUGGCCGCCUGCCAGCGCCCUAUGAGCCGUUUGCGGAAAAGACGGACGGAGGGGCGUCUGCGCCGCAGGAAGACAUGUCGAAGGUGUACGACGAGACUUUACCCUCCUACAUCCAGACGACCAUGGUGGGGCCGAGUGGAGCUUGCAGGGUUAUGCGGGUAGACGAGGACGAGACACCUGUAGAAGCGGACGUGGAAGCCAGCGAGACGAUAGAAGACACGAGACCGCUCAGCAGCCUGAGCAAGGCCAGCAGCCGAGCGAGGUCAGACGACUUGACAGUAUAA